AUGGCUGAUCCAUUUACCAUCGCCGUCUCGGUGGCCGGUCUCACGAGUCUAGGCAUACAACUUCUCCAAAGUCUCAAAAAAUAUGCUGGCUCAGCGCUUGAUUCGAAAGGUCGCAUCACGGCCAUUUCUACAGAUAUCGGUCUUGCUGUUCAAGUCUUCCAGACGCUUGAAACCACUAUCCAGGAUGAAGCGAACAGAGCCAUGAUGAACGCUGACGCCGAAAGACUUGCUCGAGAGGCCAUUACUCAGUGUCGAGACAUCUUUGGGAAAAUACUAUCGACCCUUCCAGAGUCGGGUCCUGAUGGUCCAAAAUUGAUGACUAAGAUUACCUACCCUCGUCUUGAACCGAAGUUGGAGCUCUUGAGGGGCAACCUGGAAAGGUCAAGACAACAUUGCAGCUUCUCAUGA